AUGCUUAAAGCCAACGGCCACAAAAUAGAUCUUGACAACUUGGACUUCAACAGUACCUACACGUUUGAAGAAUUCGAAUUAAUCAACGAACAACUAAAGACACAUACCCUGGAGAUUGAGGGUAAUCCAGUAAAUCUGUUUGAGCUCGAUAAAGGAAAACUCCUACCAAUGCCACAAAAUCCAAUAAGCAAGGAAGCCGUAGUUUGUGAAAUUUCUAGACAACUUAGCAAUUGGAAUGUGCAGACUCGUGAAAAUGAAAUUAUCACUACAUCUCAGGGGGGAUUUGAUUUCAACAUUUCUGGUCGAGCUUGGUUGGUUAAUAAUCAUGUUCGUAAAUAG